AUGUCCUCUCUCGCAGUCCUGAACGGCACUUAUGCCAAUGCUACUUCCAGCGCUGCCGUCUCCGGCACCCUCGCGGUCCUGGCCAGCGGCACUUCUGUCGCCGCCGCUUCUUCCGCCAACUUGCCGACCUUUACCACCACUUACACCUACUGCGCCAAAGCGGCCGACACGACGACGGUGUGGGAUGCUACUUACACCAUUGUUGAGGUCGUCUGCGCUGCAUCCGAGACGUGGACCGUGCCGGCUGUGCCGCCCUGCUUUGUCGAGAGCACCGUCUCCUGUAACUCGGAGAUUCAGACGAUCACAUGUCCCGUGGUCGUGGCUGAGCGAACCACCUCUGUGUCCAUAUGCGGCAACGGUGUGACGGCCUCGGCCGGCGCUUGGGCUGAGGCCACGGCCACCGCAGUUGCCGACGAGGACUGGGUCAGUGCUGGUGCCAGUGCUGAAGCAGAGGCCACGGCUGGUGCUGGCGAGGGCUGGUUCAGCGUCGGUGCGAGUGCCGAAGCAGAGGCCAAAGCAACUGCUGAUGUCGGUGAGGGUUGGUUCAGCGCCGGUGGCAAUGUCGAAACAGAGGCGAAAGCAACUGCUAGUGCGGGUGCGGAGGCCACUGCUGUUGCUGUUGCCGAUGGAAGUACCUGUGUCAUUGCUGCCGAGGCCACUGCCAAAGCGUCUGCUGGGGCUUCUGUGGCCAUUGUCGCUGGCCCCGCCACCAAUUCUUCUUCUUCUAUCAAUGCAAGCGCCAGCACAACGGUCGGUUCUUGGAUUGUGACAGCGGAUGCUACUUCGAUCAAGAACAGCUUCACACUCGUGGGCACAGCCGUGCUGCUGAUUUGUCCUUUUCUCUUGUAA